ACAAACAAAUCAUUUGAAAUGGAAGAUAAUGCAAACACAGAACAAUCAUGGAAAGCUGAUCCCAAGGUCUGGGCAAAGGCAAUUAAACCAUUGGAUGAGAAAUGGAAGCUGGUGCCAGCUUUUCUGCAGGUUAAAGGUUUGGUGAAGCAACACAUCGAUUCGUUUAAUCAUUUUGUCAAUGUGGAUAUAAAGAAAAUCGUGCAGGCAAAUGAGAUGGUUGUAAGUGAUGCUGAUCCUAUGUUUUAUUUGAAAUAUUUGGACGUUCGCGUGGGCACCCCUGACAUUGAAGAUGGGUUCAAUAUAACAAAGCCGACUACGCCGCAUGAGUGUCGACUGCGGGACACAACAUACUCUGCUCCCAUAACAGUGGACAUCGAAUACACUCGCGGAGCACAACGAAUUGUUAGAAAUAAUUUGUUAAUUGGAAGAAUGCCCGUCAUGUUGCGAUCCUCGAACUGUGUUUUGUCGGGAAAGUCAGAAUUUGAGUUAGCUAAGUUAAAUGAAUGCCCAUUAGACCCGGGUGGAUAUUUUGUUGUUCGUGGUCAGGAGAAAGUUAUUUUAAUUCAGGAACAAUUGUCGUGGAAUAAAAUGAUCACAGAGGAAUUUAAUGGUACUGUGCAGUGUCAGGUAACCUCAUCCACACACGAAAAGAAAUCCCGAACUUUGGUUUUAAGCAAACAUGGCAAAUACUACCUAAAACACAACUCAAUGGUUGAUGAAAUACCGAUCGUCGUGAUAUUUAAGGCAAUGGGGGUAGUAUCCGAUUUAGAAAUAAUGUCGUUAAUUGGCACAAGUACCGAAACUCAGAACCGUUUUGCACCAUCGCUUUUGGAGGCUUUUCAUUUAAAGAUAUUCACCCAACAACGAGCAUUGGAGUACAUGGGAUCCAAAUUGAUGGUAAAACGUUUCCAAACGGCCGCCUCUAAAACACCCGCAGAUGAGGCUAGGGAACUGUUGACUACUACGAUAUUAGCGCACGUUCCAGUUGACAACUUUAACUUUCAAAUUAAAUCCAUUUAUGUUUCUCUCAUGAUAAGGCGUGUAAUGGCGGCCGAACUUGAUGGUUCAGCCGUCGAUGACAGAGAUUAUUAUGGUAACAAGCGACUAGAGUUGGCGGGAUCGCUUAUUUCGUUGAUGUUUGAAGAUCUCUUCAAACGUAUGAACUGGGAGCUGAAAAUGAUUGCAGACAAAAAUAUACCAAAAGUCAAAGCGGCACAAUUUGAUGUUGUAAAACACAUCAGGGCUGCUCAAAUCACAGUGGGUCUCGAGUCAGCCAUCUCUUCCGGCAACUGGACAAUCAAACGUUUCAAAAUGGAAAGAGCUGGUGUGACACAGGUCUUGUCAAGAUUAAGCUAUAUUUCUGCCCUCGGUAUGAUGACUCGAGUUAACUCACAAUUUGAAAAGACAAGAAAAGUAUCUGGCCCACGUUCCCUGCAGCCCAGUCAAUGGGGCAUGCUUUGUCCCUCAGAUACACCUGAGGGCGAAGCAUGUGGCUUAGUGAAAAAUCUAGCUUUAAUGACUCACAUAACUACGGAAGUCGAAGAAGAACCGGUGGUUCGUCUGGCUUUUAACGCUGGCGUAGAAGAUAUUCGUCUUGUGGGAGGAGAUGCAAUUAAUAAUGCUAAGGUAUUUCUUGUCUUCAUAAAUGGUAACAUUUUGGGCUUGACCAUAAGCUACAAGCGUCUGGUCGAAGUUUUCCGUAUGAUGCGUCGCAAAGGUCGGCUUGGUCCAUUCGUAUCAAUUCACACAUCGCACACACAACGUUGUAUAUAUAUUCAUACCGAUGGUGGUCGUUUGUGUCGACCUUAUAUUAUUGUCCGAAGGGGAAUACCCGCUGUUCAGCAGAACCAUAUUGAGGAGCUCAAGAGGGGCAUACGAAAGUUUGAAGACUUCUUGCAUGAUGGCUUAGUGGAAUAUCUUGAUGUGAACGAAGAAAACGACUCGUUUAUAGCAUGGAAUGAAGAUGGUAUAGACCCAGACACUACAACACACUUGGAAAUUGAACCAUUUACUCUACUAGGCGUAUGUGCCGGUUUAGUUCCAUAUCCACAUCAUAACCAAAGUCCCCGAAAUACCUAUCAGUGUGCUAUGGGAAAACAGGCUAUGGGUGUUAUCGGAUACAAUCAGAAAAAUCGAAUUGAUACAUUGAUGUACAAUUUGGUAUAUCCGCAAGCGCCGAUGGUCAAAUCGAAGACUAUAGAAUUGACUGGUUUCGACAAGUUGCCAGCUGGCCAGAACGCAACUGUCGCUGUCAUGAGUUAUUCCGGUUAUGAUAUUGAAGAUGCUUUGAUUUUGAACAAGGCAUCUAUAGAUCGUGGCUAUGGCCGUUGUCUAAUAUAUAAGAAUUCAAAAUGUACCGUUAAACGUUAUGCUAACCAAACCUACGAUCGCAUUAUGGGGCCUAUGAAAGAUGCCCUAACAAAUAAAGUGAUAUUUAAGCACGACGCUUUAGAUACGGAUGGUAUUGUGGCACCUGGAGAAAUGGUGGUCAACAAGCAAAUUCUGAUAAACAAAGAAAUGCCGGCUGUCACAUCAAUUAAUCCAAUUGAACAAAGUGGACAAGCAUCACAGAUAUCAUACACCGCCGUUCCAAUAUCUUAUAAGGGUCCCGAACCUAGUUACAUUGAAAAAGUUAUGGUUUCUGCCAAUGGAGAAGAAGACUUCCUCAUCAAAAUUCUAUUGCGACAAACAAGACGACCAGAGAUUGGCGACAAGUUCAGUUCCCGUCACGGUCAAAAAGGUGUUACAGGUCUCAUAGUGGACCAGGAAGAUUUGCCGUUCAAUGAUUUCGGUAUAUGUCCCGACAUGGUUAUGAAUCCUCACGGCUUCCCUUCUCGUAUGACAGUUGGCAAAACUCUGGAACUGUUAGGUGGUAAAGCUGGUUUGUUAGAAGGAAAAUUUCACUAUGGUACCGCAUUCGGUGGCUCAAAGUGUAAAGAUAUACAGGAUGAACUCUUUAAGCAUGGCUACAAUUACAUGGGCAAAGACUAUUUUUACUCCGGCAUAACUGGUGAAAGUCUUGAGGCUUACAUUUAUUCGGGACCAGUUUACUAUCAGAAACUCAAACACAUGGUGCAGGACAAAAUGCAUGCCCGAGCUCGAGGACCUAAAGCAGUACUGACACGACAGCCCACACAGGGAAGAAGUCGUGAAGGUGGUUUGCGUUUGGGCGAAAUGGAGCGUGAUUGUCUGAUAUCAUAUGGAGCCAGCAUGUUGAUCAUGGAACGCCUUAUGAUCUCAUCCGAUGCGUUUGAUGUGGACGUGUGCAAAACCUGCGGUCGUUUGGCAUAUUGUUCGUGGUGUCAUUUUUGUCAAUCAUCGGCAAACGUUUCGAAAAUAUCUAUGCCUUACGCUUGCAAAUUACUCUUUCAGGAAUUGACAAGUAUGAAUGUUGUCCCGAAACUAAAGCUCCAAAAUUACUAAAACUGAUAAUCAUUUUGUAAUGUUAAAAAAUUAUAAAUAAAAAAGUGCAUCUUUUUAACUGCCAAA